AUGGCUAAACCGUUCGCACUGCCGGACGCGCCAGGCCCGGGCGGUGGAGGAGCUUCCUCUUCCGGUGCCGGACCGCCUGCCGGAAACGGGGCGCCUUCCAACCCCAACCAAGGAGCACCUCAUCCAGGUUACCAGCCCCCGAAUCAGCAGCAGCAGCAGCAGCAACAGCUACAGCCUCCGCAGAGUGCUCCUCCGGUCGUCACUCAAGGAAACGCCGGAGCGUUCCCUAUGGCUGGGCCCGGCCAUGCCCCAUCUACGCCGAUUCCGGUGGCCAGUGGCAAUAACCACUACUACCACCCGUACCCACAACCGAUGUACCAUCUUCCGCCGGGUCAGAACACCCAUUUCUAUUAUCCCGGAUAUCCGGGCAGUCCGUAUGCUCACCCGGUUGGAGGACCGUCGAAUGGAGGUAACCCGGCGGAACUGCCACAUCCGCUGCCGCACGUGAUGACGCCUCCGAACAGUGCCUUUGCUCAUCCUCCCUAUCUGGGAGCCGCGAACGAUGAUCUGGUGCAGGCCCUGUACGAGGCACUGCAUCGUUGCGGAGUACGAGAGAGUCCGCCGACACCGCUCUCCCAGUCGCCCCCGAGCGCCUCUUGCAGCCCGUCGGCCACCGGAGGCUUCUGCGCUCCGCCCCAGACCGCGUUCUUUCCGCGCACGCCCGCCAGCGCCCCGGCCCUGGGAUUUACGAACGGGAGUCGCCUGUUCUUCCACCCGUCCGCCCUGGCCCAGCAGUGCCCGCGGCCGGCCCCCACCCAGCCGACCCCGCUGUCGGCCAACAGCCAUUCCAGCAGCAGCGGCAUCAGCAGCUCCCUCGACACUCCCUCCUGCUCGUCCGGCACUCCGUACUACGUGCAGAGCCAGGCGCAGCCAGUACUGUUCCAGUGGCAGGACGAUGGGGACUCGAGCGAAUCGGACGGCUCGACGUCGCAGGCCACCUCGUCUUCCGGCUGCAGCCCGUACUGCUACGGGCUGGACGAGUCGGAGUCCAGCCCGGCUGGUUCGCUCACUCCGUCGUCCUCUAGUGCGGCCAGCCCGACCUCGUCCGGCGUGACCGUGUACGCGGCCGGCGUGCCGCCCCAUUUGGACAUGGCCAUGGCCCGUCGCGAGCAGCUGCAGGAGUUCCCGGGCAAGAUACCGCCGCAGCGUAAGCGCCGAUCCCGCACGCCGAAGCCGAAAAAGACGAGCCGGUUCUUGGAAAAACCAUUCAUGUGGCAAAUGGCUGUGACGGCUGCCCUGAUCGCUCUCGGAUGCGGCUACUUUGCUGGCCGGUGA